UCGAGUUGAAAUGUCAGCCGAGAUCUCGGCAUUUGACUGUGACGAUGAGCACAAACAGCAUCCACAGAAAGGGGGACAAGGCGCUGUUCACGCCGGGCCCGUUGAACUGCACUUGGUCCGUGAAGGAGGCGAUGCUCCGCGACCUCGGAUCCCGCGACCUUGAAUUCGUGCAAACCGUCCAGCAAAUCCGCAGUGAAUUACUCGCCAUUGCAGAAACUCCUGAAUCGGAUUUUGCUGCUGUGCUGCUCCAAGGAAGUGGAACCUACGCCGUUGAAGCAGUCCUGCACACAGUCAUCCCAAAAUCAGGUGGAAAGAUUUUACUUCUUAUAAACGGAGCAUAUGGACGGCGCAUGCAGACGAUGUGUUCGUAUUUGCCUGGCGUGGAGGUGGCAGUGCUCGAAUUCGAGGAGGACGAGGCCGUGAAUGAGGACCAACUGGAAAAAUUGCUCUCGGCGUCGCAGACCGAUUUUUCUGCAGUGUGCGUGGUGCACUGCGAAACGUCGUCGGGCGUGCUGAACCCGGUAGAGGACGUCGGCCGCGUUGUCAAGCGUCUUUUACCCACUUGCGCCUACGUCGUGGACGCUAUGAGUAGUUUUGGCGCUGUGCCGAUCGACAUAGAAGCUGCCGGCGCUGAUUUUGUCAUUAGCUCGGCCAACAAGUGCCUGCAAGGGGUGCCGGGCUUCGCGUUCGUCAUCGCUAGAAGAGACAAGCUUAGCCAGUGUGAAGGGAACGCUCGUUGCCUGAGUUUGGAUUUGGUGGCGCAGCUUAGAGGGCUAGAGGGUGACGGCCAGUUUCGAUUCACACCACCUACUCACACACUGCUCGCAUUUCGUCAGGCGCUCACUGAAUUCAAGCUCGAGGGAGGACUCGCCGUCAGGGCAAACAGGUACAAAAAGAACUGGCAAAUCGUACACGAGGGAAUGCGCAAAUUAGGAAUUCGGCCCUUGCUGAAGCACGGUGAAAAGGGUGCCGACGGCUACAUAAUCUCCAGCUUCCACUUUCCGCAGCAUCCCAAUUUUGACUUUAAGAAAUUCUACAAAAAACUCAGCGGUCUUGGUUUGGUCAUAUACCCUGGCAAGGUGACGCGCACUCCCUGCUUUCGCAUUGGCCACAUCGGAGACCUGAGCGCUUGCGACUCACAAAAGCUGAUUGAGUGCGUUGAAAUUGUGCUCCGUGAAAUGCAAGUGAACUCCUUAACAUAACAAAAAAGUUUCUCCUCUUGCUUCGCUGAAAAUAACAAACUAAAAUCGCUAAAAUCUAUUUCUUACUCAAUGUUAUAUUUUAAAUUUAAUUUUUGUUACUCCACAUCAACACCGCAAUAAAAUGUUUUUAGACUUUUCUUAAAAUUACUAUGCUACUUAGUCCAGCUAAUUGGGAUUUGGUUAGAUUGGAGUGUGAAUUAUGGCAGGAAAAAUAUAUUUUCGAUUUUACUGUGCA